UGUGACCCAUGUGACCCAUGCUGAUUAUCUUGUGCGAAUGAGUGUUAAAAGUGGUCGUUAACCAUCCGCGUCGCGACAUUUUUUCGCAAGAUCGUCGAGCGGCAGCAAUCUUCGCUUCGCAACGGUGACGCUUCAGCGAUGUUCAAGUACCUCGUCUUUGUGUUUGUGCUCUCGCAUGGAUUUCCAGGAUUCGCGUUCGUCUAUCUAAAGGAAGAAAUCGCGAGAUCCUUGAAAAAUGCGUCAGAUGACAAUAGUUCUGCGAUCAUAGAGGAAAUAAACAAGAGACCAACGAUUACAUUGAACGGAAACAUCAAUUAUCAUGUGGGCCAGAUCUUUCAUGUGUACGGCGAGCAGCAGGUUAGGAAAUUAUUUUUGGAUCCUAAAUGUAACUCCUCCGAAAACAUCGAGAACGACUAUUUCGUUACAUCUGGCAUAAGAACACAUAAACUUCAUCAUCGCAAUAUCAUUUGGAACGAAGCUCGCAAAGCUUGCAUCGAGGAAAGAGGUCACUUGGCGAUUAUCAAUUCGGCUUCUGAGGAAAAUAUUCUCUUGCGUCUGAUGCAAAAGCAGAAUAUAGCCAAGGCCUGGAUAGGACUUCAUGAUCUUUACGAGGAGGGUAAUUGGGUCACCGUCACCGGCGAGGCUCUCGAAAACACCGGAUACUCCAAGUGGACGACCAAAUUUCCGAACCAACCUGAUAAUAAAGGCGGCGCGCAGAACUGCGGGGCCCUCGUCACGGAGGGCGGCUUAGACGAUGACAGAUGCACAUUAAAGUAUCCCUUCUUUUGCGAGAUCCCCGCGUAGUAAGUAUGAAGUAACAGGGCGUCGAAGAUUGAUUUGCCAUUCGACCGGCGCGGUCGUUGCGCGGUAUUUAUGCGCAUUUAUAGCAGCGUGUAUAAAUAAAUAGUGAAUAAUC